UACUUAUUCGAAUUUUUCAUAUAAAAAGACUUACGAGUUCUUACUAAAUCAUUCAGUUCUGAUUAUUAUCACAAUCAUUAACUAACUAUCCAUAAAAUGAGAUUCACUUUAGUCUUCGUCCUUUUACUCGUCGUCAUCGUUGCCUGUACACAGGCUCAGAACUGUCGUGGCAAGCCAAGACGCCUCCAAUGUAGAGGUCCCAAAAAUGAAGGACGUGGAGGACGUGGUUGCAGCCGUAACGCAAACCGUAGUAUGUGGUACUACAACACACGUUCCAGAAGAUGUGAAGAAAUGCGUUACUUGGGCUGUGCAGGAAAUAACAAUCGGUUCUGUACUAGAAACGAAUGCCAACGCAGAUGUACUCGUAGCGGUUAAGGAUUGAGAAAAAAUGAAAAACUGAUUGUACAAAUUGCGACAAACUAAAAUUUAUAAAUAAAUA